AUUGAAACUUGGUGCUGUUCUAUACGUGGGAUUUCCAUUUAAAUUCUAAAUUUGUGCUUAGUGCAGAGAUUUAUAAUGGGAUUUGUUGGGGUAUUGUUAUUGUUAGUGGGGUUUCUCUGUUUAUGGUGGAGCUCAUUGGUUGGUGGAUAUGGUGGAAGGUGGAUCAAUGGUGCUCAUGCUACUUUCUAUGGAGGCCCCGAUGCCUCUGGUACUUUGGGUGGGGCUUGUGGAUAUGGGAACGUAUACAGCGAGGGAUAUGGGACUAAAACGACUGCACUGAGUGCAGCCUUGUUCGAUGAUGGCUUGAGCUGCGGAGCUUGCUUUGAGGUCAAGUGUGUGAAUGACCGAAAAUGGUGCCUCCCGGGCUCCGUCGUGGUCACCACCACCAACUUCUGUCCGCCCGGUGGGUGGUGCGACCCUUCCCUCCACCAUUUCGAUCUCUCCCAGCCCGCCUUCCAGACGAUUGCUCAAUACAUUGCCGGUGUCGUCCCCGUGGCUUAUCGAAGGGUGCGAUGCAUGAGGAGAGGAGGCAUUAAGUUCAAGAUCGAGGGCAAUCCAUACUUCAAUUUGGUGUUGGUAAGCAACGUGGGUGGUGCGGGAGAUGUACAUGCGGUUUCCAUUAAAGGGUCGAGAACUAGUUGGAGAGMAWUGACGAGGAAUUGGGGUCAGAACUGGCAGAGCAACGAUUACCUUGUGGGACAAAGUCUCUCCUUUAAGGUCACCACCAGUGAUGGUCGCUCGAUUGUCUCUUACAACGUUGCACCUUCUGGGUGGUCGUUUGGACAAAGCUUUUCUGGAAAACAAUUCACUUGAUAAAAAGUUAAUAGAGUAAACGUUAAUUAUAUAAGAUAGACAUYUAGGUUUAAGAUGAGUGACUAGCUUCCAUCUAAGUCAUUGUCUAUGAAUACUAAUAUAUAUGUAAAGCUUCCUCCUUUCCUUUCUUA